AUGUCGACCACCCUCCCUCUUUUUUGGCAUUUAUCUUCGGCGUCCCAGGAGGAGCGUAUCGAUGCCUCUGUCAAACUGGUAUCGGCACUCGAGCAUUUUCAGACGCAAUUCGCGCCGAAGGUAGCCAAACAGGCGGAGGAGAGUGAAGGAAGCGAGGAGGAUGAAGGCGAGGAUGAAGACGAAGAUUCCGAGGAACAAACGGCUGGAAAAGGGACGGGGCAGAAGGAGAGCGACAGGCUGGAUGAGAUGAAUGCGCAGGAUGUUUCGUACUCCAUACGGAGAUUGACCAGAGGUCUUGCAAGUCCGGUGGAAAGUAGCCGACUGGGAUUUGCCGUUGCAUUAACGGAGCUAUUGUCAAGGAUAAACACCGUGACUUGCUCUCAGAUCCUCGCGUUAGUCGUGGAUUCGUCGAAAAUUCAGGGAUCAAUGACUGGCCAAGAAGAACGCGACAUGCUCUUUGCCCGCCUUUUCGGUAUCACGUCCAUCAUUCAAUCUGGCCUCCUUGUACGACAGGAGCCCCUGCCAUCAUCAUCGACUCCCGCUUCGACCCUAGAAGGUUACACCGGUGCUCUCGCUGAACUCGUUGCCUUGGGCGAGAAGAAAAGCUGGUUGAAGGAGGUGGCCUGGUGGACCAUCGACCUCGCCAUUGACGCGCUACAUUCGUCUACCGUUUCCUGGAAGGAUGACGCUUGGCAGGAAACGAAGGAGACACUGUAUUUGCAAAACAAGACCUGGACGCCUGAGAAGGUCGGCGUGACCUUGAAGCUGCAGGAGUAUCAGCCGGAUUGGGACUGGAAGGCGCUCCUCCAGCCUCCGUUUAAGAAUGCUGAUGUGUUGAGCAUUCCCAACUUCGCGACGUUGGGCAAGGUCUUGAAGGAGUCAUACGAAAUUGAUGAUGACGACUCCGUCCACAAAGUUAACAAUCCUGGAUCCUGGAAGCCGCAGGUGCACUGGGUUUGGGACGCGAUAUUCGCGGAGCUUCUCCCCGCUUCUGGCUCCGCAAAAUCUUCUUUCCCUGAGUUCUUCCGCAUCGUCGUAGACGAAGCGUUAUUCUCUGCUGCGUCAUCUCCCGAGCGCAAGCUUUGGGGCUUCCAAAUAUUUCAAAAAGCGCUUCCUCGGGUAGACGCGGAUAAUGUCCCGUUCCUGUUCACGAAGAAUUUCAUGCGCUGCUGGAUUAACCAUCUUAGCAAGCAGGAUCGGUACCUGCACAAAGCAGCACGUCAAGUGGCGACCGACAUCCAUACCGUCGCGCGCUCCAACCCAAAGAUCGGUUUCGCUCUCAUACUCCAGCUCACGGGUGUCCAUGGCAACAAGCAGUUCGAUAAGCUCACCCGCACCAAGACUGUCGAGAGUAUAUUAACAAGCAUGGACGCUGAAGGCAUCGACAACUAUAUUACUAAUCUACUGGAGCAGUUCAACGCGUCGACUGCGGGCGAAGAAUCCGAUUUUCAGGCUUUGAAUGGGCGACGCUCGUGGGUGAUCGACCAGCUCGCUGCGCUCAUCCGUAACGGUGCCAUACCCAAAACCGACUCCUGGGUGGUGCGGAUCUUAAACUGGCUAAUCGUCCAUGGCCUGUUCGUUCUAAAGAAGAAUUCCGAGAAGAGUCCCAUCGACGCGUUACACACCGUUCCGAAACCCGUACUUUCCGACGAACUACGCAAGAGUUGUCGCGAACGAUUGCUAAGCUGUCUCGGUGAUCUCGCUAACCGCACCAUCGCUGUCUCCGGUGUCAAGAGGACUGGCGUAGCUUCCGAUGGCGAGCUGUGGGUGUCCAAGGUCGUCGCGAUGGUUAACGCACUGAAGCAGGACACGAAACACGCGAAGAGCCUUAAAGACGUUGACGAGGCAGACAAUGCCGUGUUUGAGAAAGCCUUGACGAUCGCCGCAAAGCUGCGCGACGUCGGCGGAGACGAUGGCUCGGCGUCGAGUGCGCAGGGUGCCCAGUUGCUCAUUGAAGCUCUGUACCUUCGUGACCUUUGCUCAGAAGAGAACGAGGAAGUUGACACGGACCCGCUUGAGGCUUGCGCUGACGCCGCCCAGCGCAUGUUCCUCACUUCGUCAAAGAAAGCAAAGAAGAAAAAGAGCCGGAAAUCUUCCGGCGGCGACGAACCUGACGUUGUUCCGGAUGUACCAGAACCAAUUGAUAUUCUCGUCGAUGCGAUCAUCGGUCUGCUUGAGAACUCGUCCUCGUUCAUGCGGACGAUUGCGAAUCAGUCGUUUGCUUUGCUUUCGGAUGCAGCAACGGAUAGUACGAUCGAUUUGAUCCUAGCGCAACUGGAGCGCCGGGAUCCGAACGCCGAAGAGGAUGAGGAUGAGGAACUGGAUGAAGAAGCCGACGACGUAGAACAGGGCGACGACGACGACGACGACGAUGACGACGACGAGGGCAGCGAAAGCAGCGAGAACGACAAAGCAGAGGAGGAUGAAGAGAGCAUGGACGAAGAGCCCGAUCUCGAACUGCGCAGUAAAAUUGAAGAGGCUCUACGGGUGAACGGCGUGGACCGCGCGACACGCGAUGCUGACGAGGAAUCGGAAGAGGAGGCGAUGGACGAUGAGCAAAUGAUGGCUAUUGACAACCAGCUCGCGGAAAUAUUCCGAUCGAGGGCCGAGAGCAAGAAAAAGGAGGCGGGCGCGCAACGAGAAGCGACGCACUUCAAAAACAGGGUGCUCGACCUUUUGGACAUUUUCAUCAAGACGCAAUCUGCUAGCCCCUUGAUUGUGCGCAUCAUCGUCCCACUGGUCGUUCUCGUAGUGGGCACCGGCCAAGACGAGAAACAGCUCUCCGACAAGACCCAAGCGUUGCUCAAGUCGCGCGUUGGGAAGCUGAAGGAAAUUCCCGAGGCCGUCGAUGCGGAUCACGUUAUCGAAGUUUUGAAGGAUGUCCACUUGCGCGCACGGAAAGCUCGCUCCUCCGAUGUGCUGGCUACAAUUAGCCAGUGCAGCUUGUAUCUCUCUCGGAUUCUUCUCCGGCACGGACGUCAGGACGCCGUAGUGGAGGUGUAUCAGGACUCACUCAGCGACUUCGCGACGCGUAAGGCGUCGCCGCUCAACAGCAACUUCUUCCUCGACGCCAUGCGCCGUCAUAAGGAUCUCGCAUGGGCUCUUCGUGGGGCAGUUCUGAAGCUGCAAGCCAAUGCGACCAACGCGUACCGCCGAUGCCAGAUAUUCUUGCUUUUGCAACCAGUCAUCAAUCAAUUGCCGGUACGUCGGAUGCUGAAACGUUUUCUUGCCCUAGCUGAUAUCCAGCUUCAGGACGACAAGGAGGAGGCGGGCGCCUUUCUAAAGAAAUUUGCUGAGGCGCUGCAUGGGGCUCUGAUCGAGGCCUGCGACGAAGCGACGACUCUCAGCGCACCGCAGAUGAAGGAGCUCCUAAAACUGGCACUCGCUGCAGUCCGCCAUACAAAAAACUCGGCUUCAACCGACGUCGCGCUCGCAUGGUCGUCGGACAGCUGGACAACUCUACACAGCAGACUCAUAGCGACGGAGCGGUUCAAGGCGUCGAAAGCAUUGCAUUCGUUAAGCAAACAAAUUGUGCAAGUCAUAGGCGAGUCCAGCGGCGAUAGCAAGAGCAUAGCUUCGACGAAACCUUCCGCAACCAAGGCGGCAAAGAGGAAAGGUGCAGAGGGCGUAGAUGAUCCAGGGAAGGAGAUAACCAAGCGAAAGAAGUCCAGGAAAGAUUGA